AUGCUGCACGUCUCGGACGGAGCGAUGCUGUCGAGGCUGCUGGGACUCCUCGUCCUCUCCUCCCUCUGCUCAGCCAUGCUGCUGCCGAAUAUGAACGAUACCGCCAGGGACGAGCUCAACUACUCGCUCCGCAGUGGAAACAUGGGCAUGUUCCCCGGAGACGUGCCGAUGGAUCCAGAUGACAUGCCGAUGGAUCCAGAUGACAUGCCGAUGGAUCCUGAAGACAAGUACCCCAAAAACAUGCCGAUGGAUCCUGAUGACAUGCCGAUGGAUCCUGAUGACAUGUUCUCCAGCGGCAUGCCGAUGGCACCCAAUGACAUGGCGAGGGCGGGCCAAACGUGGCCACCUGACAGCAACAUGACUUAUAUUCCCGAGAGGCCCUGGGACAACAACCCGAUGCCCCCCGAGUAUGAUCCAAACAUCUGCAAGAUGAUGAUGAACGGGGGGACGCCUGUCCACCAGCUUCCUUAUUACUGCCUCUGCUCGCACUGUAAGGGCACCGUGGGGCCCAAAGGAGACCGUGGAGACUGGGGCCCUCCAGGUGCUCCUGGGAGUCCGGGCAUAAGAGGACUGACGGGGUACCGUGGUCGACCAGGAUUCACAGGCCGCCCGGGGACAAAGGGUCAGAAGGGAGAGCUGGGGGAGAAGGGACAGCUCGGAGCUGCUGGUUACACCGGGAUGAAGGGCGCACGAGGCUUCAAAGGAGAAAAAGGCGACCGAGGAUUGGACGGUCCACCUGGAGCACUGGGCCCUCAGGGAGAAUCAGGUACAUGCCCUGCCUCCUGCGACAGCUACCAGGGUCCCCCGGGUCCACAAGGGCCCCCUGGACCAGCUGGGGCCCGGGGCCUUCCUGGGGUCAAGGGAAUUAUGGGAACCAAAGGAAUGAAGGGAAUGAAGGGUGACGAAGGUAGGCGCGGCGACCCCGGGAUGGACGGCCACAAGGGCGAUCAAGGUGAGCAGGGGAUGUGCGAGUGCGCAGACGGGGCCAACGGCGCUGAUGGGACACCGGGAAGAGACGGCACUAAAGGGGACAAAGGGGACAUUGGUGUCCAGGGUGUGCAGGGCCCCAUGGGACUAAAAGGCGACCAGGGCCCCAUAGGCCUGAUGGGGGUGCCUGGGCACUGCUCCCCGGCCAUCCAAUCAGCAUUCUCCGCAUGUAUCACCGAGUCCUUUCCUCAUUCAAACUGGCCCGUUGCCUUCCCAAGAGUCCUCACAAACCGGCAGGGGCACUUCAACCCCGACAUGGGCAUCUACACGGCGCCCUUCAACGGCACCUACGUCUUCUCCUUCUACUUGGCGGUCGCCCACAGGAUUCUUAAGGUCGGCAUGUUCCUCGAGCACAACCCCGUAGUGAUAGCGACAGAAACGUCCCACCUUUCCACCACCAGCCAGAGCGUCGUCCUGCACCUCACCGAGGGCCAGCGGGUGUGGCUGCAGGUGAAGAGCAACACCACCAACGGCGUGUACACCGACUACGAGAGCACCGGCUCGUUCUCCGGAUAUCUGCUGUACCCCGACUCCUGUGAUCUGCCCUUUUUCCGAGAUUAUUCCCCCUCUCCAUCAAUGAAUCCAGAUUACCCGUGGCCCACCAAAGCCCCUCCGUCAUAG